AUGGGGGCGGCCAUGGGUGGAGCAGGUCGUGACAAGCCCGCGGACGACUCGCCUUGCAUCGUGCUAUCGCCGCACGUGUUGCCGUCUCUGUACCAACAAAGAGUGACGCAACUGAUACGGGAAACUGCAGACCUGCCUCCAGACGAAAGCUUGGAGACGACCCUCCGGCGCUGUAUCGCUUUCUGCUACAACGUAACUCCAGAAUGGGCUCCGCAUGUCCGAGUUACAGUUUAUGCCGACAAUGUCAGUGAGCACCAGUUGAACGUGCCUGUGCUGAGCACUUUGCUAUGCUGUAUGGGGGAAAGAGGCUUUGAAGCCGAAUCAGUUCCAUGCAAGCCCAUACCCGGCACCGAUGUGCAUGAAGGUGUGAUUCGGCCGAGCGUAUUCUGGACUCGACUCGUUUCUUCUGAGGGUCUCCAUUUUCGGAGCUUGGCGCACAGUUAUUUGAAGUGGUUCGUGGAUUUGGAAGAUACAGACUCCCGCAAGCAGCUGCUGGUGAAUAUACUCCUGCAGAUGCAUGAGGCCUGCUACAAUUGUGUAGGUCGACACAAAGAGGUGUUUGAGUUCUGCAUUUACGAUUUAAUGACGGCAGAGCAGAUGCAGAAGCCAGCUGCCCCACCGUCCAAUGCCUGCCACAACGUCAUCUUCCAGCAUGCCGCACGCUUCUUGGAUCGGCACAAGCGGAAUGCAUUACAUGCCGCUUAUCUGAGUCCAUUGAAGUACAUGUUCCAACACAUCUAUGAAGUUUAUGAGAAUUUGGACAGCCAUGGAUCAUCCUUUUGGGUGGCGGUCUUGAGCAUCUUCUUCCCUGAUCUCGACAUGCCUUUCGAGCGGAUUGAGCAGCUGGACACUGGCUGGGGCUGGGCUGCGGUCGACUUUCUCCCAGCUAUGUCAUCAACACCAUCGAGUAUUGCACUAGACAGGUUUUCAAACCCUGAGAAUCUAGGCCGAGAUUGGCGCUCCCUCACCCGGGACCUACCUGCCCCGUCGGCGCUGCCCAGACGCUUUCGAUAUCUCCCGCUGACUCCUGGGCCGAAAGGCUUUGAAGAGGCUUUGCGGCGCAUCCACAGCCGCCAAAGCGUGCGGCAGCAGUUUGCAAGAUAUGUGGAACGAUUCACGUCCUUCAUUCAGGAGGACCUUCUCUUGAGAUGUUGGGCUAUGUCCGCAGUGACUUCUGAAAGAUGGGAUGCCGAGCUAGGAAACUCCCGAGACUAUGCACUGGCACACCUCGAAGAUGAGUUCGAAGCAACUGACGUUGCGAAGCGAGGCGUUCUGUCCGUCAUGGAGUCGCUGGACUUGCUUCAGAACUUGGCGGUGCCGGGAUUAACUUGCGCCGAUCUUGGAAAGCUCUUGGAGAAAGAGCUCGGCCUCGAGGUUCCUCGUGCUGAGCUGCACAAGUACUUCACCACGAUGGAUGUCAACGGCGAUGGCCUGCUUCAGGACGAAGAGUUCAUUCAGGUGGUUCGAUUCUUGAUGCUGGACUAUUACCCCCACCACAUUCUGAAGCACCUCAACUUGAGUUUGCCGCAGAUAGCUCUUUUCAUGAGUGGGGUGCUGGCUGCGAUCGGCGUGGUGUUCCUUCUUGUGACGCUCGUGAUCUCAUUCUUCGAAGUAGGGGAGGACAUCGGAGCAACACUCCACGGGGGCUUCAGCGGCAUCUUCGGGGUGGUGGGCAAAAGGCUCAGCGAUGAUGGCAUUGGCUUCGAAGACACUAUGAAGAACUUAGAGCUCAGGCUGGAGGCGAUGAUGGUCACUGCGCUGGUGACGGUCCUUGGCCUUUCAAAGGAAAUGCAGGAUGUGUUCUCGAAUGUGAUUGCUUCAGCUGAAGCUCGUUUGGUCUAG